GAACAAGUGUCCCUUACAUUUGAGCUGAUUAAUGUCUGUUCAGAUUUACAGUAUAACAAUGUAGUGCACUAGUCCUUGUGGUGUGCACAUCAAGAAUCUCAAUUAAUUAUCAUAACUGGGCAGCACUACUACGUAUAAAGAAGUCCGAUGGAACGAGCGUGAAGUAAAUGUCCAUAUCAGCCGCCGAGAGGAGCGACAAACCACCCCUGGUUGGGGUUCCCGUUGGUGGCGCAAGCCCACAUCUGGAUCUGGUUCAGGCCCUCGAGGUUUCCGCCGGUCAGGUCGAUGCACUGGUUCGUGCCCUUCCACUGGAUCUGGUCGCCGAUGUUCGAGAAGAGCUGGUUCGGGUUGCCCUGUCCGCAGGUCCAGAUCUGCAGCUUCGUGCCAUCGGCAGUCGAGCCCCCGGAGACGUCGAGGCACUUGUUCUCGAAGAUCGUGAUGGGGCCGGAGAAGCCGAGCGACGGGGCGGUCCAGGUGAUGUUGCCGUUCGGCAGCGCGGACUUGAAGUCGACUUCGAGGCAGCCGACGAUCACGACCGCGGCACCGUCGGCGUCCGACUCUGCGGCCAGGCAGUGCGCGACGUCGUCGGUGGAGGAGACUAGCGGGUGCCAUGGGGGGUGGUGCAGUCAGCAACGAGACCCGCAAGGGAAAGGACGGAUGCGACGCACUAACGCUCGAGAGGACGUUCGAGACCAGCCGCGGGUCUGGGAGCCCCGUCCACUUCUGGUUCGUGUUCCGCGUAUCGCACAUCCAGAGCUGCAGCUGCGUGCCGGGCGUCGUGCUCGCGUCGGUCAGGUCUAUGCACAGAUCUGCAGCUUCGUGCCGUUUUUGUGCGCGCCGUCGACGACGUCGAGGCACUGUGCAUCGUGUGUGUCAGUCACUACGCACUAAAACUUGCUCCGCACGCACCUUGUCGCCGAAGACAGUGAUCGGCUGCGGGCCGGCAUCCUGCCUCGUGAACGUCGAGUAGACCCAUUCCUGGUUGGCGGGGCUGGCGGUGUCGCAGUGCUGGAUGACAACGGGUGCGCCGUCCGCGUUGGACGAGGCGGCGAUGCAUCCCUGUGUUCCGGACGAGGUGACUGCGUGCCGAAGGCUCAGCAAGGCGCACGGAUCAAGGCAGGCAGGGACAUACACGCUGGGCUGUCGCUUUCGAUGAUCAAGCCGAAGGCGGCGCGGGCCAGGAGCGAUCCGAGGACGAGGUGGGAGAGCAUGGUCGUCGGGUCGUUCGAUCGGGUGAGUAGAUGAAUGGGAUUUGCAUGGACACAGGGCAGGGCUUUAUAGAGUCGCUCGACCUCGCACGCCAAGAGCGACGCUCAGGUUUGGAGCGGGGUGAUCAGCCCGCCAUCACAACGGUGACAUCAUCGUCCCGCCAUCACACACUCCCCCUGCAUUCCCAUCUGGAAGUCUCGUUCUCACU